UAUUGAUUUUUAUUUAUUCCGGUUAUUGAGAUUCAUACUUUUCGAAACAUAGUAAAUUGAAUUUUGACUGAGUUUUCCUCAGUUUUGGUCACGAUUUUCAGUGCGAUUUUGUUUUUUUUUUAAUAAGCUCUGUCCCACUUUAAACCUUCACUACUGUAUCGCUGUAAACAAGCAAAUCAGCUGCAAAAAGGCCAACUCCACGUCCAGCUGCUUGAAUGUGUGUGAGUGCGCGUGUGCCUAUAUACUCGUAAUGUAAACGUAACGCGCUAUAUAUCGCCAUGGCCUGUGGGCGUGUCUUUAUUGGCGUUCGAUAGUCGAGGGUCUUUCUUCGCUUUACUCGCGAACAAAACGCUUAGAACGACGGUUGUGGACGAAAGUGUUUUCCGUUUGGUGCGUGAGAUCAGUCUCGCAUUGUUUUGACUCUCGGGCGGAAACGUUGAACCUUUUUUCUGGAAGCACGCAAUCGAUUCGGUUUCGCAGCGAUUGCUCCCGGUCUCGUUGAAGAAAGUGAAUCAGUUGAUGGCGAUCAUAGCCGUGAACCACUUUGUAGGCUAGUGAUUUUGUGUUCUAUUUCGAUUGUCGGCGAAGUGUCGCGGUUAAUUACGUAACUUUCAGUGAAAAGUAGCAAAAGUGAUCUGACGGGAAUCGCCAUCGUCAUUAUCGAUAAUCCGGUUGUAAUGUCAGCUUGGGAAACCGUGAUUAAUUAAACAGCAAUGCAAUACGUGUAAUUGCAGGUGAUAUGAGAUACUCGAUUAAAUCAUUCGUUUAAAAAGUUGUUGAGUGUUGAGUGCCGGUGGGAAAACAGAACAAAGUUGAGUACAAGUGGUGAUAAUAUUACGGAAAAAGUUGGCCAAACACAAAGUGCUUUCAAGAAUUUGUUUCACCGUGUGGUCACAGGCGGUAGUUGCAGUAGCUCAAUAUUAGGUGCAAAUUUUUGGGUUGAGCAAACGAGCUCUUAAUACAUUCAAAAUUCCGCCACUAACGAUAAUGUCGUCUCCGCACGAGGACGAAGAUCAAGAUCUUGAUCAGGAGAUUAACGUGGACGCCGAUUCGGACUGUCAAUCCCGCGUAUCCUACAACAGUGGAUCGGAGGAUAUUGACCUGGAUGGUGAUGGAAAUGGGUCCUGUUACGACGAGUCCGACAUUACAAGUGAUCAUCAAACACACACGACUGAACCAACCACACGAUCACCGAACGAAAACUUGCCAUUCAGCAUAUCGCGGUUGCUGGGUAAAUCGUACGAUCGUGACCAGAAGGAUAAGGAUGCAGCCACCGAGGACUCCAGUCCGGAGGGACUCAUCAAGAACGGACAUCACAUUACGGUCAGUUCGGCUGGGAGCUUACAGUACGCCGCUGGGGCACUAUACAGCUAUCCCAUGUACCCUGCCGGACAUGUGCUUCGAGUGCCUCCCCAGCGGGGACCAUGCAAUCCGUUGUCCUGGACCCUGCCACCUCUACAUCCUGCCGCUCUCGCCCACCAGGCAGUGAAGGAUCGACUUGCUGCAUUCCCCAUCGCCCGUCGCAUUGGCCAUCCGUACCAGAAUAGGACACCGCCGAAACGAAAAAAGCCACGCACCUCCUUCACCCGGAUCCAGGUGGCGGAGCUGGAAAAGCGGUUCCACAAACAGAAGUACCUGGCAUCAGCGGAACGAGCUGCCCUCGCACGGGGUCUAAAAAUGACCGACGCUCAAGUGAAAACCUGGUUCCAAAAUAGACGCACAAAAUGGAGGAGACAAACAGCGGAAGAGCGAGAAGCUGAACGGCAAGCAGCCAAUCGAUUGAUGCUUUCACUACAAGCAGAAGCCCUCAGCAAAGGUUUUGGCCAGCCACCGCCAUCAGCUGCGGCUCCAACCUCUGCAACACCUGGUGCUCCGUUGGCAGCGCUUCACGGACUACAACCAUGGGCCGAGGCACAUACGGCUGGAUGUUAGACUCCGCUUCUCUGCAAGGCCUAAAUCCUCCAGGAACCCCGCACAGAAGACAACAAGCAGAAAUCAAUGAAAACACAUGUGUGUGUGUGCGUGCAACUUAAGCUUCAGCAAAAAAUCCAACCGAUAAAAAUUGUGUGAUACAGGGAGUGUUGAGCUAUUGUGAGUGAAGAUUGAGUGACUUGAAGCACAAGUGUAACAUAAUACAUUUAGCUAAGCUUAGUGCUACAAACGGAACGAUGUGCGUUGAAAGUGACAGUGGCAGAACUCCUGAAGCAAUUACGAAACUGGCGACCAUUGUGCGAGACUGUGUUGUAUUAUAGUUGUAAAAAAAACGAAGGCAAAUUAACUCACCAAGGAUACGGACACAACGAAAAUCAUGCUCCAUCUCGAUUGAUGCAAAAAGUUGUAGAAAUAUCAAAUCGAGUUCUCAAUGAGGGCAGAUCUAGGAUGUAGGAUUGUUGAGGAUCGGUAACUAGUUACUUGUAGAAUGUUCAACUGCAACUAAAUAAUAACUUCCACUAGGAAAUCACAACACAAUCGCUGUAGUGAGCGAAACGAUUAUUAGUACGCAUAAGCAAAGAGCAUCUUUACACGUGCAGUAUUUUCAGUGCCCUGUGUAAAUAGUAUACUAUAUAUUAUCGCUACGCUACGCAAAUUAUUAUUAUUCUUCGAGGAAUCCGGGUGCAAGUGCUGCGUCGUCCGGCCUCUUAUUCGACCCGGAGUUAUUCCAACAAAUCGCUUUCUAAGCUGUUAGCUAAUUGAUCGUAGGUCCCAUGUAAGCAAUUGGCUAUCAUUGUACAUUUCACUCAUUGCACUUCAUUCUGUAUACCAUUAAACGAUGAUCGCUGGCACGUUUUGGUCACAUCGCCAGACAGAUUAUUACGAAACCAAUAAAACCCGGAAGGAAUAAAUGAAACGCCUCAAUCAUAUUCGGUUGAAACAUUACGGAACACACAUUGUACAUUUCCCGAAUAGGGAACUAUUAAGGAAAGUAAGCUUAAUUUACUGCUUUGAGAAGUGACAAGUGCGCAACGCCAUUCGUUUUGCAUCAACGUCCACAAAAAAAGCAAAGAGAACACACUUAAUUAUUAUCUCCAAAGCAGCUAAAAGGGUCAGCAUACGAACUUACGGCUAUACAGAUUGGCGACAAGCAAGCAAAAAAAAAACACGGACAACUGAAACCAUUAUAAAGGAAAAAUAAAAUGAUGAAAAUAUCAAAAAACACAAA